AUGGGUGUUCCCAAGUUCCUAUCCAAGCUGCAGCCCCCGGCUCAGGACAACUCCCAGUCCUCCACCCCUGCUCGGUCAGACUCGACUGCCGAGAAGGACACUGGCAUCAUUGAUGACAGCCCUGUCAAGUAUUUGACAUGGCGGUCCUUUAUGCUGGGUAUCUGUGUGUCCAUGGGUGGUUUCAUCUUCGGUUACUCGACUGGUCAAAUCUCCGGUUUCACUACUAUGGACGACUUCAAGCAACGAUUUGGAGAAGACAUGGGUAAUGGGGAAAUUGGUUUCAGUAACGUCCGGAAUGGUUUGAUUGUUGGUUUGCUCUCCAUUGGUACCAUGGUUGGAGCCCUGGUCGCCGCCCCCAUCGCAGACCGUCUCGGCCGCAAAUAUUCUAUCUCCUUCUGGGCCCUCAUCCACAUGGUCGGCAUCAUCGUUCAGAUCGCCACAGACACCAAGUGGUACCAGGUCGCCGUGGGUCGUCUCGUCGCCGGUCUGGGUGUCGGUGCCCUCUCGUCCAUCGUUCCCAUGUACCAGUCCGAGUCUGCACCCCGCCAGGUUCGUGGUGCCAUGGUCAGUGCCUUCCAGCUGUUCGUCGCCUUCGGUAUCUUCAUCUCCUACAUUGUCAACUACGGCACCCACACCAUCGCCUCGACUGCUUCGUGGCGUAUCACCAUGGGUAUCGGCUUUGCCUGGCCCCUUAUCCUUGGUAUUGGUACUCUGUUCCUGCCUGAGUCGCCUCGUUUCGCCUACGGCCGUGGUCGCUUCGAGGAAGCCCGCAAGGUCAUGUGCAAGCUGUACGGUGUCCCCUCGAACCACCGCUGCAUCGCCCAGGAGAUGCAGGACAUGAAGGACAAGUUCGAGGAGGAGCAGAGAGCUGGCAAGGCCGCGUGGCACGAGAUCUUUACUGGUCCUCGCAUGUUGCACCGUACCAUCCUUGGUAUUGUGCUUCAGUCUCUGCAGCAGUUGACCGGUGCCAACUUCAUCUUCUACUUCGGUAACAGUAUCUUCGGAACUAUCGGUCUGGACAGCUACAUCACCCAGAUUAUUCUUGGUGCUGUCAACUUCGGUAUGACCUUCCCGGGCCUGUACAUUGUCGAGCACAUGGGUCGUCGUAACUCGCUCAUUCUCGGCGGUGCUUGGAUGUUCAUCUGUUUCAUGAUCUGGGCUUCGGUUGGACACUUCCAGCUUGGCGUUAGCGACUCGGCUGGUAAUGUUAUGAUUGCCUUUACCUGUCUGUUCAUUGUCGGCUAUGCGACUACCUGGGGUCCCAUUGUGUGGGCUAUCUGCGGUGAGCUCUACCCAGCCCGCUACCGCGCCGUCUGCAUCGGAAUCGCAACCGCCUCCAACUGGACCUGGAACUUCCUCAUCUCCUUCUUCACCCCCUUCAUCUCCGGCGCUAUCGACUACGCCUAUGGCUACGUCUUCGCUGGCUGUUGCUUCGUUGGCAUCUUCGUCGUCUACUUCUUCGUCAACGAGACCCAGGGCCGCACCCUCGAGGAAGUCGACACCAUGUACGUGCUGCACGUCAAGCCCUGGAAGAGCGCCUCGUGGGUGCCCCCGGAGGGCAUUGUACAGGAUUUGCACCCUCAUGGCGAUGAGAAUGAGAAGAAAGGGGAGGAGCAGCAGGAGGAGGCUGAGCCGAUUGAGAUUAGGGAGUAG